AUGCUUGAGGCGGCAAAGAAGGCCCCGGGGACGACGGAGAUCGCCACGAAGCUGCAAGUUGCGCAGAUGCGGGACUGGCUACGCAGGCAGAAGUCGAUGGACGACGUCCUAGCGCUGCUGAAGCUAGACGACGGAGUUGAUAAGGUUCUCACGAACCCGGCAUUUGACACGCUGGAGGUCUACAUCAACCAGUUCAACAAGUUGAAUAAGCUCAACCCUGACAAGCAGACAACCACGAUCAAUACGCUCAUGGUGCAACACGGAGACGAAGCGGUGGCAAAGAUGCUCGAGGCGGCCAAAAAGGUGCCGAGCACGGAGACGCUGGCAAAGGAGCUCCAGGUUGCGCAGUUCUCCCAGUGGCUGAAGGAGGGGGCAAAGCCUGCCAACAUUUGGAAAAUGCUCAAGAUGGAGAAGGCCACUUGGAUGACGAACCCGGAUGCGGAUGUAUGGCGCGGAUACCUUGCCUUUUACAAGGCGCACAAGUUGACGGCGAAACUACCAACGCCGUAG